AUGGGAGCAACUUGUUGUAAGACAAAUUUGCAAACUCAAGAUGAACUUUCAGUUCAAUCAGCAGCUUUUGGAGAUAAUGACUAAGGAUCUUAAAAGAGGGUUGUUAAGCAAACAACUGCUAGCAAACGUUAAGCAUAUAUUCCAGCAUAAACUUUCGGUUUAGGAUUGAAACAAAACCUAUCUGAUGAUGCAAAGGAAGUGUAUGAGGAGCCAAAGAAAGUUUCAAUGAAGGUAUCAAAAGAAUUGGAAUAAUUAUUGGAGCGAUAGAAUUCUGACACUGAUCGAAAGAAAAUUCUUGAAUAGCAAUCUCUAUAAAAAAUGGAUCAAAAGUUGCACAUAAAUGUUGAUGUUUUUGUAUAAUUGAAGAAAGGUCAAAUCUCAGAUCAUUACAUUACUGGUAAGGUAUUGGGAGAAGGUGCCUUUGGAAAAGUGUGGAAAGUGACUCACAAAAAGACCAAAUUGGAUCGUGCCAUGAAAUAAUUAAAGAAGACUUCGAUAUUGAAGGAAGACAAAGAAAAAUUGUUCUCGGAAAUGAAUAUACUGAAGAAUUUAGACCAUCCACACAUUGUAAAAUUGUAUGAAUUAUUCGAAGAUGACAAGAAUUACUAUCUGGUAACCGAGUAUUGUUCUGGGGGAGAACUAUUUGAUCGAAUCAAGAGCUUGAACUUCUUUAGUGAAAAGAAGGCUGCAGAACUAAUGAGACAAAUCCUUAGUGCUGUUUGGUAUUGUCACAACCAGAAGAUCGUACACCGAGAUCUCAAACCAGAGAACCUACUCUUCGUCUCCGAUUCCCCUGAUGCUGAUCUUAAAGUAAUCGACUUUGGAACUUCUAGAAAAUUUGAAAAUGGAAAGAGAAUGACUAAGAGAUUAGGCACUCCCUAUUACAUUGCACCUGAAGUCCUAUUGGAGAAUUACAAUGAAAAAUGCGAUGUCUGGUCCUGUGGCAUAAUUCUGUACAUUUUAUUAUGUGGAUAUCCUCCUUUCUCUGGUCGAAGUGAAUCUGAGAUUCUCAAGAGAGUUAAGGCAGCUCAAUUAAAAUUUGACCAUGAAGAUUGGGCUCACAUUAGUUAGGAUGCUCAAAAUCUUAUCAAGAAUAUGCUCAAUCCCAACCCGGCUAAACGUCUAAGUGCUGAAGAAGCCUACAAUGACAAAUGGAUUUAAAAUAAUGCACCUUCCAAUGUCAUUAACUAAAGAGCAUUGCAAAAUCUAUAGUAAUUUCAUGCCAAAAGCAAAUUCAAAUAGGCAGUUCUGACCUUUAUGGCUACUCAAAUCAUUACUCAACAAGAAUAGGAUGAAUUAAAUAAGACUUUUAAAGCUAUUGACAAAAAUGGAGAUGGUAAAUUAUCAAGAUAAGAGUUAAUUGAUGGUUAUACUCAAGUUACUAAUAAUUAAGAAUUAGCAAUCAUCUAGGUUGAUCACAUUAUGGAGUUGGUUGAUAUCAAUCGUUCAGGGGAAGUUGAUUUCACUGAAUUUCUGAUUGCUGCUAUGAAUUAAGAAAAGUUUCUGUCAGUUCAAAAAAUGGAAUAGGCAUUCAAAGUUAUUGAUUUGGAUGGUGAUAAUUAUAUUUCCAAAGCAGAAUUACAAAAUGUUAUGGGUAUUUAAGUGUAAUUUAACCAGAUUUGGAUACAAAUUUUAAAGGAAUGCGAUAAUGAUAAUGAUGGCAAAAUUUCAUUAGAAGAAUUCUCAUCUUUGCUCCAAUCUAAAGUUUUAUGA